GGUAUGGUAAUUGCAGGCUACAGCUACAGGUGUGCGGAGAAUCAGGAGAGCGCGAGGAAGUUUUUUUUUGGAAGCUACUUUUAAGAGUUUCGAAGCGAUGUUUUCGAUAAGAAAGAAGAACUGAGAGGAAAUACCGAUUAUAUUUUUGUAGUAACAUUUUUUUUUUGUUGUUGUUGUAAAUGAGACGUUAAUGCUGUGCUAUCGGGAGUUGAAGGUCGGUCAUAUGGGUGUGUUUUUGUCCCUCACGAGACAGGUGUUCAUAUCAAAGCAGCGCACUGUGACAGAGAUGAAACGCUCGUCAGCUCGCGCGUGCGGCGAAACGAAAUGUCCGCGUUGAAGCGAGAAAAGAAACGUGUAAUAGGUGUAUAGAGUUAUUUAAAGUGGUUAGGUUGCCGCUAGAGGUUUAUGAGGUAGCUGAGGUGAUGGAGACAGACUCGGGGAGGAUGGAGUCGAGUGUGUGGCUCGGUAAUAAGCGGCACCGCGCGCUGCUCAGCGGAUGGCGCUUCAGUUGGACCGAGCUGGACAAGAAGAACCGAGACAAAAACACCAUUUCACUGCCCGUCUCUGAGGUGGUUGCUGUAAUGGAGGGUCAGGUGGAGAUCCAGCCACAGAAGAAGGUGAAGGACACUGACCGAGACUUCACACUGUUCUAUGUAAAACGCAGCAACACCGGUAGUGGGAAAGCACCACUGUGGAGCCUGGGCAGGUCCCAGUUCUGUUGCCCCAGCCGUGACCUCCGGGAUCAGUGGGUGACGCAACUCAGAAUUGCACUUAAAACCCACUGUCCCUCUCGCCCUCACAGGCUGUUAGUGUUCAUUAACCCCUACGGAGGGAAGAAAAAAGGGAAGCAGAUCUAUCACUCCACAGUGGCUCCUCUAUUUGAGCUGGCUGGCAUCAGCUCUCAUGUUGUGGUGACCGAACGAGCCAAUCAGGCGAGAGACCAUAUCCUGAAGAAAGACCUGACUGGGUUUGAUGGUGUGGUUUGCGUGGGCGGAGAUGGAAUGUUCAGUGAGCUGUUGCACGGCGUGAUUGGACGAACCCAGCAGGAGGCAGGCGUUUCCGAACAUGACCCGUGUGUGAUGCUGCAGCCGUGUGACCUCCACAUCGGUAUCAUUCCAGCAGGCUCCACAGACUGUGUGUGUUUUGCUACAGUAGGUGUGAAUGAUCCGGUUACUUCAGCACUGCACAUCAUUAUCGGAGACUCCCAGCCUCUGGAUGUGUGUUCUGUCCAUCAUCAUUCCACACUUGUGCGUUAUUCUGUCUCGCUGGUGGGCUACGGUUUCUAUGGUGAUGUGUUGGCUGAAAGUGAGAGGCGACGCUGGAUGGGACCUCUCAGAUAUGACUAUUCGGGUUUUUUAGUGUACCUGUGCAACAGGAGCUAUCAGGGAAUAGUGCAGUAUCUACCUGCGGACUCCCAGAUCACCAGCCCCAGAGACAACAGUCGCUGCCUCUCAGGGUGCAGAGUGUGCUCGGAGAGCACAGAGAGACUGUUCCCUCGCUCAGAGAGCUCUAGCUCUCUUUACAGCAGGCAACUCGGCCAGUACAGCAUUGAAUCGGAGGGCGAGUGGUUAAGUGUUGAGGGCAGAUUCAGGUGCGUGUCUCUGACCUGCAUGUCCAGCUCAUGCCCACGGAGUCCCAAAGGUCUCUCGCCCUCCGCACACCUGGCUGACGGGACGGGGGAUCUCAUCUUAGUGAGGAACACUAAUCCCCUGGGUUUCCUCACAUACCUGCACAGGCACACCAACACGCAGGAUCAGUUUGACCUGCCCUUCGUCGAGGUGCAUCGCGUCAAGGCAGUGCGUUUUUCCUUUCCUCCCAGCGAGGAGGCGGACGAUGAAGACGGGCCAAAAGAAAGCCGAAACAUCCCCGCAGGUAUACCCGGGGAUCCCGAGAUGCUGAGUGACGCAGGCGACGUCGAGUCAGGCAGGCUCGGCUCCCAGCAGUGCCUCGCAGAAAAGCGCAGGGAACAAGGGAUGAAGGAGAAAGGAAGGAAGAAGAGAGAUUACCUGUGUGGGCUGUGCUCCAGUAAGCGGUCUGCUACGUCUGUGUGGAACUGUGACGGAGAGAUUCUGCCGUAUAGCGAAAUCUUAUGCAGAGUACACGGUCAGCUGGUGCAUUUGUUUGCCAGAGGCAUUGAGGAGGACACGGUCUCCCGGAAAUACCACGAGGGAAGCAGGAAUUGCCAAGGGAGAUGUAUUUUACACAACUAAUAGUAACCAUAAAAAUGCUAUAUUAUAAAGUAUAAAAAGCUAUAAUAAGAGAAUGUUUCAUAUUUAAGCCAUAAUACAGUAGAAUAUUGCAAUAAACACAUGGUUCACAUCUUU